UUUAAGCCCGCUGUGAUUGGUCAAAUGUCUUCCUGACAACUUCCGGUAUAAUGGAGCACAAGAUUUGAAUUUGCGCUUUUACCCCGUCUGCCGCCUCACUCUUUUAUUUUCAGCAACAGGAGCGCGUUUGAGUCGGGGAAACUAUGAAUGAUGAUACCUGCAAGUUAUUUGAAAGAGUUGCUAAAAAGAUGGGGUGGACGGAUAAGGGAGGACUGGACACGGCAGAAAAGAAGCUGAUUAGCACAAUUGGCAAGAGUCGUCAUGCUGCCACAAGUGGGCAUCGGCCUGUGGAUCGAUCAGCUCCCCCUAUCCAGCUUGGCCUCUCUGACAGUGAAGAUGAUCCAGAGAAGGAGAACCAGUGCUCCAAGGCCAAUGAAUACAGAAACAAGUCUUUGACUGAGUCCAGUGAUGAUGACUUUGACCAGUUUCUUGUGGGAAGGGCUACACCGAAAGCUAAACCUACCGCUCAGAAAACCUGUGGCGCUGUAAAGAAAGACAAUUCAAAUGUUCUCGUGGUGAGCUCGGACGAUGAUGGCAGUUUUGAGACAUUUCUGCAACUUGUGAAAACCCCUAAUACCAAGCCUAAGAAAAUAUCAGAGAGCGGGAGUGAAGACAGCCUCAAAAACUUCAUAGUGGAUGACUACUCAUCAGAUGAUGACUUUAUUGAGACAAAAACAUCUUUUAAAGUGCCUAAGAAGAGCAAUACUCCAGCAGCCCAGCUUCCCCUGAGGAGACCACUGUCUCAAUGGGACUCCCCAGUCUUUGUUAGUGACAGUGAAGAUGAUGAUAUUGUGGUCAAGAGCAGUUGGAGAACUCGGCACUCACAACCUAAACCCCCGCCAAAAGCUAAGAAGAAUAAUGCUCUGCUGCGUGAUAAAGACGACAGUUCGCCAUCACUGCCUUUGCAUCCCGUCACAUCUCCACUUCUUCUCCCCCAACAAACUCCAACUUCACUGGCCUCUCCCAAGCGUACUUUCUCAGCACCAUCUAAGCUUGAUGAAUCGGCCAGUUCUGAGGAGGAGUUCACAUCCCUUCUAGAGAGACUGAAAAAGAAAAACAAAUUCACUGGCACUUCAUUCUCACCUAAGAACACCAAAGAUUGCAGUAAGGAGCCUCCUGUGUUAGCUCCUCGUGUAAAGGAACUCUCAACACCAGUCUCUAAAUCAUUAGGGGAAACACCUCUGCAUGGGAAAACACCAGGGAAAUCCACCAUCUUGAAGCCAGUCAGUCAAACAGAGCCCAGACACGGCCCCACCAGCAGAGUAACAUUGUGUAAGACCCCAGGGUGCUUCUUGCAUUCACUUUCAAACCCUGGCUCUAGUUAUGGCCGCGGCUUUAAGCAGAACAAGGAAGACCUUACCAGCAAACUCUACCAGCUGUACAAUACCAGUGUAUUUGACAAUAAGCUCCCUGUCAAUAUGUCAGUGACCUGGAAUAAGAAGAUGCGGAAAACAGCCGGUUACUGUAUCACGGGACAGGAGCGAGGUGGAGGGAGCCGCUACGCCCGCAUUGAACUGUCAGAGAAAGUCUGUGACUCUGCAGAUCGUCUCAGGGACACACUGAUUCAUGAGAUGUGUCACGCUGCAACGUGGCUGAUUAAUGGUGUAAGGGAUGGGCACGGAAACUUCUGGAAGCUUUAUGCUCGCAGGGCCACAGUGGUUCAUCCUGAGCUGCCCAUGGUCACUCGCUGCCACAGUUAUGACAUCAAGUACAAAUUCCAAUACCAGUGCACCCGCUGCCAGAAUACUAUUGGGCGUCAUUCCAAGUCACUGGACACACAGAGGUUCGUGUGUGCCCUCUGCACAGGUCAACUUGUCUUACUGACUCCUUCGAAGCCACGUGCCCCCACGCCUUUUGCCAACUUUGUCAAAGACAAUUAUGGGACUGUACGACAGGAGCUAGCGGGACAAAGCCACGCGGAAGUGAUGCGUAAGCUUAGUGCAGACUUUGCCUCCAAGACCAAACUAAGUCAAAGCUGAGAUCUUGCUUGUAACUGUACUUAAAGCCGUGGACUGAGCUGCACAACCACAGGAAACCUGUUCAAGUUCUCAAAUACCUCUUAAAUCAGUGGGUAGCUGUGAUUAUUAGUAUUGAAUCUAUUUUUAUGUUUUUCAUGGGACUUCUGUAUUUGUCAGUAUGUGAUCCUAGAGUGUGUCGGUGAGUGUGCCUGUGUGUGUGAGUGUGCCUGUAAAUGAGCCAUUGUCAAACAGUGAAAUUCAUACUACCUGUUAUCCCUGGCAUUGAAUAUAUUCUGGGGAUCACUAGGAUUACAUCCAUAUUUUAUUUUUUUUUUAUUGUUUUUAAAUAUUUGACAGGUUUGACUUUCUUGUUAUGAACUCUUUAAAUAAAGUUUAAAGUGUGACUGUA